AUGUUGAGGAAGUGGGCAAAGAUUUUGGCAAUCGGUGAUGGAAGGAUUAGGAGUUCCAUUGAUGGCAUUGAGAAAGUCCAAAUCCCCCAUGAUCUUCUCAUAAAUAAUUGCGAUGAUCCAAUAUCAGCAAUUGUUGAAAGUACAUAUCCAGAUUUCUUUAGCCAUUCUAGUGACAUUGAUUACCUCCAGCGAAGAGCAAUUCUUGCUCCGACUCUUGAUAUGGUGGAGUCGAUCAAUGAAUAUAUGGUUUCACUCAAUCGUAAUCCUGAGAAGACAUAUUUGAGUUCUGAUACAAUUUGUAUGUCUGAUCAUUCUUUUUCAGCUUUGGAGCACGUACAUAUACCCGAAUUCCUAAACAAUAUUAAAUGUUCUAGAAUUCCAAAUCACUCUAUCACUUUGAAGGUUGGUGUUCCUGUGAUGUUGCUGAGAAAUAUAGACCAGUCAUCAGGAUUGUGUAAUGGCACGAGGUUGGUCAUGACAAGAAUUGAAAAUCGGGUUAUUGAAGCCAAGGUUUUAUCUGGUAAUAUGGCUUGA